CGGUAAACGAUGACAAAUACUGUUGCUUUCAUUUUAAGUUCGCGGUAAUACGACUGUUGCCUAGUGAAUGUAGAAUUUAGCGAAAAAUAUAGUUAUUUCGUGUGAAUUAAAUAAUCGAAACAAGAAUACUGGUGAUUCAGUUGCAAUGCCCAGGAUUUAGUUUCCAUAAAAAGAAAUCCGUCCAUGCCUGAGUUGGCCUCCAACGAAGAGGCUCGAACAAAAGAAUAAGACAAAACAAAUGUUAAAUAAGGCCAGGAUAAAAAUAAGAAUAUCAGAGAAACGCGAAAAACACAAAAACAAAACUACAACAUAACCUCACUGUUGUUCUCUUACUUUUGAAAAUGAUAUUUGUAAGUUUUAGUUUAUACGUUGUCCUCACUUGCGUGUACCCAGAAUUAGUCGAUGGUGAGGUGGUAAGGGGCACUGUAAAUACAAAGGUGAGAGUCAACAAAUGCUGCGAGGAAAACGAAAUAUAUCUAGGGAAGUCCUGUACGAGGAUAAACAAAACUAGCGAGCAGUGGAAGCCCUCGUUUACAUCAGAAAAUGGAAAUACCAAUUUACAAAUCGAAUACAUGUUGGUGACGGGAUCACCGGAUUGUGGCCAUGUGCAAACGUGGGAGAUACACCAGACCCAGAACUCCACCGACCAUCUACUUCUUUUACCAAACGGUGUACUGAGGCAUUUUAUAAAACACUUUGAGGUACCCGAAGAAGAAUAUUACAUAACGGGUUACGAAGAUGACGAGAAAAUGCUUUAUCAAGACUACGAACCUGGAAAAUACUGCUUGGACAAGUCUGACGACAAUUUGAAGGGCAAAUAUGCCAAGGUCUGCAGCCCCGACAUCCUAAAAGACUUGUUCACGACCGAGUUCCUAAUGCACAACGUCGUUAAUCCAAUAACGCACGGCAUAACGAUCGUGUGCCUUCUAGUAAUAGCCAUUAUAUAUUUUGUGAUGCCCACCUUACGAGACUUGACGGGUAAUAUAAUAACUACCAUAUGUAUGUGCCUUAUACUGAGCCAAACGGCGGACAUGAUCAGGCUGUUGACGGUCUUCAGGAGCCACACCAGCCUCUUGAUUACAGAAACUAUAUGCUACGUUAGCAUGCUCGGUGCCUUUUUCUGGCUGAACAGCUUGGGAUAUUACAUAUGGAAAACCUUCAGAUCCCGAAACGUUUUCUUGCGAAUCACGGACGGCAAGAAAUACUGUUAUUACUGCGCUUACUCGUGGUCUUGCACACUUAUUCUAGGAACUUUGGCAAUUUUAGCGCACUUUACUAUGGAUUACAGCGACAUCAAGUAUAAGCCUAUUUCACCGUACGAGGAACAAGAGGAAGUAGGUUCGCUGGGGAUGAUAAUAUUCUUCGUGCCGGUGGCCUUCACCAUCAUAGUCGACAUCUUUUUCUUCGCAACGACCCUGCAAACGAUAAACAGGAUGCACACGUACGGCAGGAUACACCACAAACUCCGCCACAGCUUCCGCAUGUUCCUCCUGCUGCUGCUCGUUAUGGCGCUCUGCUGGCUCUUCUUCUUGUCCUCCUUUUCCAAACUCGAGGGCCUCAUCAACGGCCACAUCAUCGUCAACGCCCUCCUGGGGCCGCUCGUCCUCUACGUGUGCAUCUUCAACCAGAAGCACGUCUCGUACCUGAUACGCAAGACGUGCUGUUACACCAACUGCCCGUGCUCGUGCUGCAGGCCAGAGCCCGAGUGCGAGUGGGGCGACGAGAUGACCGCCAUGAACACCGAAUGCAAUUAUUAACGGGGGGACGUCGUACGCCGUACGGGAAUCUCGCUAGUUGUAGCAGUUGACAAUACAAGGUAGCACGUGGGAAACAAAUCUGUAGCGGCGGUAAGUCGCAUAGAAAUACUCAAUUUUAGUGUGAACGAAGUUGUCACGGUAAGUCGCCUUUUCAGUAUCGUAGAUAAGUUAUUUAAUAGUUAAAAGGAAGAUUGAAAUCUAUUUGCAGAUGCGCAAUUUUUUUGAGAAACUUUUUAUAUUCUUUUUGUCUUAUAAGGCACGCUAUUUAUUUAUUCGUUUUGUUAAUUUUUGAAAAAAAAACAAACUUUUUAGUAAAAAGAAACGAUGUAAAAGUAAACAUGGAGUAUAUACAGGGUGUCUUGAUUUUAUAGGGGUAAGGGCCAUUAACCCGGUAAGUAAAAAACAAUUGAGGUUCAAAUGUUUUUUGUUGGAUAAAUCCCAGGGAUGAGAUGAUUUUUAAUUAAGAAAAUUUUAUUUUUUUUUUAUUUUUUUGCCAGAAAUUAAACAAUAUAAUUUAGAAAAGGAAAAUCUAAAUCUCUAUUGCAUAAAAAUAACGAAAAUAUACAGGGUGAUUUACAAACGGUGACCAAAAAUGAA